AUGCUACAUAAAACUUUUGUGCAUAUUCUUUUUGCCCUACUUUUUUUUUAUAUUAAAUAUUUUAGAAUAGAAUGUGCAGGGGUUUCUGAUAAAAAAACGGAUUUAGGGGGUGAAAUAGUUUCUUAUAAUAUACAGAACACCGAUAUUGGAACAUUGGAUGAAAUUCAAUCAAUUAUUACGAAUAAAAAUGAAAAUAAUUUCAUUGUAGAACAGGUAAUUCUUAAAAUAAUCAAUUAUAUUAUUCUGAUACUUAAAUUAUUGUUUAUGUACGAUCCAGCUGCAGGGAAAGCUGAGAAUAUAUUUAUUUCGGCAAUAUCUGAUUUAUUUGUUUCUCGGUCUAUUCAAAAUAGAAAAAUUGAUUUGAUUCAAUCAGAUAAGGCAUUGGCACUAAGAAAUUUUUGUGACAAAGAAGGGAAUGCUAGCUUUCUUGAAAUAAUUAAUGGAAUUUCUGGAGAAAAUACAGUAAAACUUUUUGAUAUGAUAGCAGAAAAUGCUUUGGUAAUAGAAAAUACUUUUUUUUCUCUAAUUAAAACAUUAAAAAUACUGGUAACUUUAGAUUUAGAUACAUUUUUAAAAAAUACGGCAGAAUUAAUAAUUGCAGUAGAAAAUAAAUACAUUGAUUAUAUUAGGAAAUAUUCAAAAAUACACAAUAAUGAAUCUAAGAGGAAUAAAUACAAGAGACUAGUUGAUAAUCAGAAAUACAUAAAAGGAUGUAAAAGCAAUUUAAUUGAUCUAACAAUGGUAGAUAGUAACAAACCGAGCGAAACAGCAGAGAAAGAUAGAAAGCUUUGUGAUCAAUAUAUAAAAUCUAAAGAACUUGAUAAAUCAGGUACGAGCGAUUUAGACGAAAGAGGUAAAUAUUUGUUUGAAGAAAUUUUUGACUGUAGUGGAUUUUCCGAAGAAGAAGUUUUCAUAAUUGAAACGAUUGUUCUAUAUACAUUGAAUAUAAUAGAGGCAAGUAUAAGUAUGUUAUAUAUGUUUGAUGCAGACCAGUUAAGUAGUUUUAAUGCUAUUAAUACAAAAUUAAUUGAUAUUUGCAGCUUGAAAAUUUCAACAAGAUCAACAAAAUCACUAAUUGGUCAAGAAAAGGCAAUUAAACUUAGAAUUUUUGUACAAGAACUAUUAGGAUUAAGUGAGCUAAAUCAACAUAAUAUUUUGGAAUUAGCAGUUAAAAGUUCUUUAGAAAAGAAUGAAUUAAUAAAACAAUUAAAAGACUAUUAUAAAGGAUUACUGAAAAUCGUGUUAAUAUUAGAAGAUAAACUUAAAGAAAUUAAAUGCAAAUAUUUAAUUAGCAUUUUAGAAUCACCUGCAAAUCUUUUUAUGGUGUUCACCAAAUUUUUUGCAUCUGAAAUUAAAAGACUUGAAAAUUUAAGUUUUGAAUACGUUUUUUUAGAUUCAAUUGUUAAAUAUACUGAACUAAAAUUAGAUAAAAUAAGGUCAGAUGAAGAUAGGUUAAUUGAGCAAUCUAAGAGUGAACGAGAAAUGGAGAAGGAAAACAAAAGAAAGGAAAAACAAAUGAAAGAAAAAAAGAGAAUGGAAGAAUUAAUCGAGAGAAAAAGGUAUUUAGAAGAACAUAAUAAACUUAAGCAAGAGAAGAAAAAUAAUUCAAAACCAAAAGUUAAGAAACAGUUUCCUAAUGUGGAAGAUCUUGUUGGGCAAGGCAACUAUUAUAGAGCAAGUUCAAGUAGAACUAGAAGUACCAGUAGGAGUAGAUCAAAAACUCCAGAAAAACCACAGAAUAAUAAUGGUCAAAGUUCUGAACUAAAAGUCAGCAGAAAAGAAAAAAGAAUGCAGAAACUUCAGCAAGAGGAACUAAAAUCUCAAAUGAAGCAAGCAAUUAAGGAAGCAAUACAAGAACAAAAGUCUCAAAACAUUUCUACAAAAAAAAGAAAACAAACACAGAGGAAAAAUAAAAAUUCUGAAAGGAGAGAAAAAGAAGAAAGGGAAAGAAAGGAGGAAAAAGAAAAAAGGCAAGAAAAGCUUGAGACAAUAAAGCAUAAUAAUUAUAUGUAUUCAUUAAUAAAUUCUGUAGAAAUGGUUGAAGGAUUGUUUGAAGAAGCUAAGAAGCAACAAGAAAAAGGGUUAAGAGCACUAAUUGGUUCGAUAUUGGAUAUUGUUAAAGAAGAAGUAAGUAGUGAAGAAAGCAAAAGAGUUGAGGCUUUAACUGAAAAAUUUGAGGAGUUUUCGAUUUUGGCUAGUGAGGUAGAUUUAGAACCAAAAAAAGCACCUGAUUCAAGAUCAAUUUCAACUUUUACCUCUUCUUCUGGAAAGCCUAUGAAAUUAAGAGCGGAUCAUGUUCCUGGAUCUGGACCCGUAGUUCAAACAAUUGAAUUAUUUGGACCAGGAGCAACUUUUGCGACAAGAAGCAGAAGCCCUACUUCUCACUCAAGAACUGUUUAUAGGGGGAGAACAAGAUCUAGAAAAAGAUCUGAAUCUGGGUCUAGAACAAGAUCUGAAUCAGGAUCUGAAAAAAGUUCUGAGUCGAAAUUUAGAAAAAGGUCUAGAUCUGGAUCUGGAACAAGGUCUAAAUCAAGAUCUAGAGCAAGCUCAAAAUCAAGAAUGAGUAGAAGGGAUACAAGAGAAUCUGAAAUUGAUUCAGAAAAAAUUGAUGUAAUAAAUUUUGACGGGUUUACAGUACCUUACCUUUCCCAUUUUGAUGAAAAAAAGUCACAUGAGUCGUCUAAAUUUGCCCAGUUUUUCUCAUCAAGUGAAGAUUUAUUAAGUACAGAGAACAAAAAAUUGUUAUCUCAACAUUUGGAUACUGAAAUUACAGAGAUGGAUUAUUCUGAAAUUACGGAAAAUUCAACUAAUGAAGAAAUAAUUAAUGCAUUAGAAAAGUGUGGAGACCAAAUAAAAAAAUUGCAUAUAGAAGUUGCUCCAUUUCUUACUGGUAAAUCUUUUUUAUCAAUAAAACUGAUAGAAAAGUCACUGAUUAAAGCUUUUGUUAGGUUACUUAUUCUUUUAAAAAAAAAAGAUGGUAACUUUAUUGAAAAUGAAUAA